UAUGAAAUAAAAGUGGUGGCGCCCUUUCCUAGUGCAUGUGUCGAAGAAAGUCGGUUCAAGAAUGGCAAUUUGCCUCUAAACUCCGCACAGAAUGUCCAGUAAAAUAUCACAGCAAUGGGCAGUGUUUGCUCGGAUGUGGUACCUGCUAGAUGCUUACAAGCAGCCACCAGGACGUCUUGCUUUACGUAUGCUGCCUAUCUUACAAGGAGCGCACAAACCUGUCUACCAUCCUUUAAGUGAUCUUGGAGACCACGUCGUCGUUAUCAACACAAGACACAUUGCUUUGAGUGGUGACAAGUGGAGAACCAAAAUAUAUAAGCACCACACGGGGUAUCCUGGUGGUUACAGUGAGACUCCUGCGUUCCGUAUGCACGAAAAGGAUCCCACUGUGAUUGUGAAGAAAGCCAUCUAUGGGAUGCUUCCCAAGGACUUGAGACGACGUCACAUAAUGCAAAGACUUCACCUGUUUGCUGAUGAUGAAAUUCCUGAUGAUAUUCGAGUAAAUAUAUGUGAGCAGAUAAAACCACCGAGAGUCGUCCCUAAAUCUUUGCCGGAGUACAGUGAAGAAGAAAGAGCGGCGUUUCCCAGGCUUUGGUAUUCAACUGAUUCACAGUCCAACAGGUAGUACCCACUAAGCUGAUGUACGUGUACAUGUAACAUGCUUUUUAUCAUCAGUUGAAAGAUUUCAAGGUAUUCUACAGGAUUGGUAGAGCUGACAAAAUCAUUUAGGAAAACAGUUCAUGUUUUGUGUGAUAAACCUUAUAUGUGAAAUA